AUGUCUUUAAAUAGUUUAUUAAAAGAAGACAUUACAAAUCCAUUAGAUUGUCGAGUUGAAGGAUGGAGAAUUGAUAAUGGUCAUGUAAAAUAUUUGUUAUCAUGUAGAAGAAGAAUUUAUCCUGUUAAAAAAUGGUAUCUUCAAAAAAGAUAUUCUGAAUUUUUUCAAUUAAAUGAAUCAUUAAAAGGUUAUCAUUCAUAUUUAAAAUUACCUGAAAGAUUAAUUAAUUUACAAUCAUUUAUUAAUAGAAUAUUUUCUCUUCCAAUUUUAUAUGGAAAUAAAAAUGUUUGGGAAUUUUUUGGUUUAGAAAAAGGAGCUAUUGGUGAUUAUAAAUAUUGGGUAUUAGUUUUAAUGAGAAAUCAAAUAAAAUUAUAUGAAGAUGAUUCUUUAUUUGUAGAAUGUGGUUGGAGAGGUAAUAAAAUAAAUUAUUUUUAUGGUAAUUCAAAAAAAGGAUUAAAAUUAUUAUCAUGGUUACCAUUUGGAGUUGAUUGUUGGAAAAAUGGAAAAAUAUCAAAUUUAAGUGAAGUUUUAGAAUUUAUUAGUUUAUUAAAAAUUCCAUUUAUUUAUCCAGUUGAUUCAAGAUGGGUAGAUGAAAAGGGUAUUGGUUGUACGAGAAAUGUAUCUUCAAAAGGAAGUUUAAGAGAUAUUUUAUGGGAUGUAAAAAAACCAUUAGAUAAUUUUCUUAAUAAAUACGGGAGUCAAAAAAAAUGUACAUCACUUGAAUUAAAUAAUAUAAAAAUUAUUGGAAGACAAAUACUUGAAAGUUUAAUAUUUCUUUAUUCUAUAAAUUAUCCUUUUAUUGAUAUUCAUUGUGAAUUUACUUUAUGUGGUCAUUCUAGUAUUCAUAGAGCUGGAAUGUUACGAUCUAAUAAUGUUAAGACUAUUCAAGAUAUGAUGGUAUUUUCAUUUGGUAAUUGUCUUUAUGAAAUGUUUGGUGGUGGUAUUUUUUUUCCUGAUAAAAAUCCAAAUGAUGGAUAUAAAAAUAUACCAGAAGAAGGAUUAGAAAUUUUUAAAAGUAUUUUUAAUCCAACAAAUAAUAUUCUUCCAUCAUUAGUUGAACUUGUUAAUAGCAAAUUUUUUAAUACCUCUGAAGAUAAAAAUUUUGAAGAUUUAAAUAAUAUUGUUAUACCAAAAAAUAUUUAUAUAACAUUAGAAAAAUUAAAAGCAUCUAUUGAAAAUCGAUUAAAUGAAGAUCGUGAAAAAUUAUUUCAUGAAGAGCAAAUUAUUCAAAAAGAUUCAUUUUGUUUUGAUCAAUUAAUUAAUUAUUCUAAAAAUGUUCCUUCACAUAAUGAUGAUGAUUGUAAAGAAAAAAUAACAAAUCAAUCCAUUCCACAUGAUAAAUAA